CGUUGUCCGUCCAACAUGCGCGCGGUGGGCAAUUCAAAAGGCACAGUCUACAUCAUGGCUCUCAGUAGGAUGGUCGCUUCGCGGUGUCUGCUGCUCAGGAACUGCUCGGUUCUGGGCGCACUCGGUUCUGGGCCCGGUCCCGUGGCGACGUGCAGUGAACCGCCAAAACAAGUGCGAUGGAUUAGUGCCAGUUCUAGGGCCGGUGAGAAGUUGGCCUUGGCCAAGGCAGAAACGAAGGCAGUCCAGAAACAUGACUUCAAUCGAGCCGUUAGCGAAGCGGAACAGAUCGUGGGUUAUCCGACGUCGUUCUUGAAUCUACGGUUUUUGCUCAGUGACGAAAUCGCCAAUGUGGCGCUCCAUCUCCGAAAGCUGGUUGGAAGCAAUCAUCCGUUGCUCAAGUCCGCCAAAUCGCUCAUCUACAACGACAAAAGCCAGCAGGCAUGGGGACUGAUCAUACUGCUGAUAUCCAAAACUGCUGGACACACAGCUUCCGUUCCGGAAAUGGACCAGGAUCGCAGCGUCGGCGUACUCCACUCGCAGCGUGCCCUGGCCGAAGUUACGGAAAUGAUCCGCAGCUCCCAGUUGAUCCAUCAGGGCGUGAUCAAUCUGCAAUCGAUGGACAAUGCGGGAAAUAAUCUGAGCGGCGACAGCGACAUGGUUUUUGGGAACAAAAUCGCUCUUCUGGGAGGAGAUUAUUUACUGGCGCACGCCAGUAAGCAAAUCGCUUCCUUGAGAAACCAAGAUUUAAACAUGCUGAUGACAUCCGCUUACCGAGACCUGGCAGAAUCGGCUUUUAUUGGUGAAAGUGACGACCAGAACAACCCGAUCCCAUCGAAGCCGGACACGCCUCCCGGUACGAACUCUCACGAAUGCACACUCGAAGAACUGGACUUUGGAGACGUACGCGACAACAUGGAACCGAUGCGUGUUGAAGGAGUGAUGGGACAUCCGGAAAAGGAGUGGUCCCUGCGGCACGUCCUCGGCGGGGGCAGCCUGCUUGGCAAAAGUUGCCACGGCGCUCUAAUGCUUGCUGGUCAUCCAGAAGAAUUGCAAAAACAGGGUUACCUCUUUGGGAAGCACAUGUCCUUGGCUUGGCAAGCGUCAAUCGAGUUGCAACCGUUUCUGCUCAAUCAGUUACCUCUAGGAAACACCUUCAGUCUGGUGUCGGCUCCGGUUCUGUUUCACUUGGAGUUCGAUCCAAGCGUUUACGAGCUCAUCGAACCGGGCAAGAAUUCAAUCGAAGACGUGGACUACGCUGCCCUGCAUCAGGAAAUCAUCCGCGGGCCGGGCUUGGAUAAGACCAGGAACCUCCAGAAGAAGCACAGUAUGGCAGCGAUGAAUGUUUUGGACCGGUUUCCGACGACCGAUGCCCAGACGGCACUGCAGAACAUCAUACUGGCGAUGCAGCAACUGUAACAAUGGAACCUCAAUGUAGAUAUAAGUCCCUGUAUGUGAUUAUGCUAAUUAUAUAAUAGAUAUUCUGUCAGUGUUUACAACUGGAUGUUUUUUUAGAAUAAUGAUGCAUAAAAUAUUCGUAUCGCGUGUAUAUAUGUGUACAACUGAAUUGUAACUUUGAAUAAGAAUAAAUUUUUCUUUGUUAUUUUAUUAUACUCAA